AUGCACGCCGCCGGCAUGGCCCACCGCGACAUCAAGCCGGGCAACAUCCUCGUCGGCCCGGGCUGCGCGCUCAAGAUAUGCGAUUUCGGGAUGGCCACCACGGCGGCGCCGCCCUACGAGAGAUUCAUGGUCGGCACGCUCCACUAUAACGCGCCGGAGCAGCUCACCGGAAAGGGCCAGUACAACGCCCAGGCCGUGGACACGUGGGCGCUGGGCUGCGUGAUGGCCGAGCUCCUCACCGGCGGACCAGCGUUCACGUCAAAGACGGUGGAGGAGCACCUGCUCGAGCUGUCGGAGCUGCGGGACUACGACGUCGGGUCCAAGGACUCGCUGGCGUUCGGUGGCCUGCCGGGGCUGUCGCCGGCAGGACGCGAGGUGCUCGCUGGACUGCUGGCCUUCUACGACGACAAGCGGAUGACGGCGGAGGCGGCGCUGGAGCACCGGUGGUUCACGGGGGAGGACGAUGUCAGGGACGAGCAUGCCGGUGACGAGCUACAGGACAACACGAUGACAAGCCAACGCCCGCGCAGGAUUCCACGGUGUUUGGGGUUCGCCAAUCUGGAGAAGCCGCGCUAUCUGACCAAGCAGACCAUGAAGAUCAUGGAGCAAGGGGAUAAACUUGAUCUCCUGCUCAAGAGGGUGGAUGAAGCGAAGCAGAAGCGAUUGGAUUCAGAGGCCCAGAAUCGUGCUGAAAUCCAGUCGAUCAAGAGAGCGAUCGAGUCCAGAUUACCUGAGAUCGAGAAACGGGUGGAAGGGCUGAAUUACGUGGUGAUCGGGCUACAAGCCAAGGUUGAAGGGUUGGAAAAACAUCCCACUGACUUCGCCAAGAAUCCUCUAGAGUGGUAA